AUGCUAAAAAGUACAUUGAUUACUUUGAGUGUUAUAGCAGAUGAGCAUGUUAAUAUUCAAAUUAUUGAUGAGAAUCACAUACUUUUUGAGUCAAAGGAGAAAAACCCAAAAGCUGCAUUCACUACAAUUAAAACUGGAAUACACCGUUUUUGUUUUAUUAAUACCUCAAAAGAAGAAAAUUGGGUAUCAAUAGCUUUAAAAUGGGGCCCAGGAGCAUAUGACUCUGGAUCUAUCGCAAAUAAGGCAGAUUUUGAGCCAAUAGACUUAGCUAUGAUGAAUGUUAAUAUUGCUCUAAAGGAAUAUCAGGCAAAUAUCAAACAGAUGAAAGACCUCGCAAAUAUUGUCCAGAAUGCUACGAGCAAAGCUUCAAGUAAAAUUGCGGCUUUUUCAAUUUUCAAUAUUGUCUCCAUAAUCAUAAUAAAUAUUGUACAAACUCUCUAUAUAAAGAAAUUUUUUAGGUCUAGGAAACUAAUAUAG